AUGGCGCCUCGUCCGGGAUCACGGAGAGAUGCCGUAUUAACGCCCGUGACGGCGCUGGCCUUCCUCUCCACCACCACCUCUACUCACGAGGGGUCACCGGCACAAGCCUACCUCCUAGUAGGCGAGGACACUCAGCUCAAAAUCUACGACGUGGAGAGCAGAACGCUGUGCCGCGAGUUUAGGGUGUUUGUUGAGCAGCCAAUCCACGGCAUCCGCGUCACCUCAGGGCGGGUUCUCGUCUGGGGCUCCCGGCGGGUAGCGGUUUGUAGCACCGAGGCGAUUGAGGUCGCCUUGGCUACCGAGACUGACGUUGAGCUCUGCUUCGGGACGGGGUUGGCGUCAGACUGGAUCUACGACGGUGCCGUCUCGCCCAACGACCCGGACUCUGCCGUCCUCAUCACAGCACAUAACGAGGUCCUUCCGAUCUCCUGGACCGACCCUCACCCGGGGCUCCCGCCCCCAUCAUCUCCCCCGGACUGCGUGCUCGUGGCGGGCGGCACGGUAUUUGGCGAGAUCCUCGUGUGGACGUGUCGGGGCGCGGGCAGCGCGAGGCGGGCGUGCCAAGUCAUCGACGUGCUCGCGGGCCACGAGGGCUCCAUUUUCGGUGUGCAGCUCUCUGAAGAGGUGUGCCUCCCCAACGGACAGUCUCUCAGGCUCCUAGCUAGCUGUAGCGACGACCGCACGAUCCGGGUCUGGGAUGUUAGUGGGGUUUCCCUCUCUCGAGGCGACGCAUCCGAUAAUGGGUCAAGGGAGAUGCUGCUCCACGAGGCGCGGGAAACCGGGAUAUGGAGUGUCAAGUUUGCUCCUAUUAAAUGCGCGACGCUACCGCAGCCUGCGCUCACGCUUUAUUCUUUUGGAGAGGAUUCGACUGCGCAGAGGUGGGAACUUGAUCUCUCCAACUUCCGCCCCGGCGAAGCUGGCGAAACUGGAAAGCUCACCAACAAGAGAAUAUUUUCCAACCACGACGGGAAGCACCUUUGGGCCUCUGCUUUGACAUUGAACCAUGAUGGGUCCAAUCUAAUCGCUACGGGCGGCGCAGACGGCAAGGUGGCCCUCGUAACAGACGACUCCUCUCACUUCCCAGAGGGUGAGUCAGGAGAUGAAGGGACGGCGAAUAUGACCGUGGUCUCUCAUGGGACGUUAGAGUUCUUGGAGCCGGCGCAAGGGGAAAAGGUACAGAGGGGUCGAAAUCGCUACGACUUUCUGCACCGCUACGCCUUCAUCACUCCAGAUGACAUGCUCGCCAUCACCAAGUUUGGCAAGCUAUUGGUCGGGUCUUUUCAAGGAUCCGAUGCUACCUGGACAGAAGUACAUAUUGCGGAUGACGAAUACCGGGCUGACCUCAAAGCGAUCUCUGUGAUCACCCCGGUAGCACCAGGGAAGGCGAUCCUGGGAAUGACAACGAGGAACUUGUAUCUAUACUCGGAAAAUACCCUUUCGUGUCUCGCAGUCGUUCGUGGCAAGGUCCUGAACCUGAUAUCGUUAGACUAUACGGGAGACAUGGCUACCUUCUUGGUCACCAUGUACGACAACCGAGAUAUCCAAAUAUUCACUCUAAACCUAAGCACGAGGGAAAUAGUUUCCGAUACUGUUCUCCCAGGCGUGGAUGAGCGGUUCGCGCUGACAUCGGCGGGGCAAUUCCACGGCUACCUCGUCAUCGGAUCUCGCAACGGCUUCAUGGAGGUCUUCAAGCUGGAGGAUGGCCAGUAUGUCCGAAGCGCACAGAUUGGGCCGAGGUCGGACGAUGCCAUCACCUCCAUUUGUCCUCUACCCGGGCAAAUCCCCCAGGGCUUGCUACGACACGAGACUUCUCCGCCAUUUGGCCCCCAGAUUGAAGAUGCCUGGUUCUGCGGCGGUGUUGAAGGGCCUGCAGACCUCAUUCUUUCCGGCUUCCGGAGCAAGAAUUUCGUCGUUUGGAAUGAGUCUAAACGGGAGAUGAUCGCCAGCGUUGAUUGCGGUGGCGCUCACAGGACAUUUGCCCACACGAAGAGCCCAAUGGCCGGACACCUGCGCUUCGCGUUUACAAAGGCAUCCACGGUGUAUAUUCACUCUCAGAAAGGAGCUAACUCUUCCACGCUGAAAUGGGGCACACACGGCCGGGAGAUUCGAGCCGUUGCGGCCCAGGAGCCGGCGCACCAUCUGAGGGGCCGUACUCCUUCGACUUCGCCUAGCUACUUCGCAACCGGAUCCGAGGAUACAGUCAUCCGAAUCUGGCAGCGCCCGACGACCUCGAGAGAGCCGCGCGAGGUCGCGUCCAUGAAUGUCCACAUGACGGGCAUCCAGUCUCUAAAGUGGUGCGGGCAGGACUACCUCCUAAGUAGCGGAGGUAAUGAAGACUUCUUUGUGUGGAGGGUCAGCGAGGUGGACGCCAGCUUCUCCGGCCUGGCCGUGUUCUGCGAGGCCGUGUUCCAAGACAAGUCGCCGGACGAAGACCUCAGGAUAAUGGACUUUGAUGUUUCAGCAGAGGGCGAGAAACGGCUCCUCAUCACCAUGGCGUUCUCUAACUCCAUCUUCAAAACCUACAGGUAUUGCCCCCUGCGCGGGCUAGCAAUGGCCAGGGCACCUUUGAGCUUCUCUCCGUGGGGAGUAUACCGGCGCAUGCCUGACGCAAUCGAGGUCUCGAAUGUGUCCGCUGCUACAAUCACCGACAAGUUCGUAGUGAAGUCUGCGCAUGCAGCAGCCAUCAACAGUGUAGUUGGCAUUCACGACGGCCUCGUCGCGACGGUGAGCAACGACCAGCGUCUCAAGAUUUGGCGAGUCACGGUCAAUGCUGGCAAGGUGGUGGCUGUCACUUUGGAGGAGACGAGGUAUAGUGGGGUAGCGGACCCUGGCUCCACACCUUCGUUCCCCACCACUAGCGAGUUAGGUGGAGCUGUGGCCCUUCAGAUCCCCAGCACGAGGGCCACCUAG